UUUGCAGAGCUGCGCGAAGGUAAGCAGCGCAGCAGCAGCAGCAGCAGCAGCUGAAGCAGCAGAUAAAAUGGCGUUCAAGUGCAGCAGCGGCGUUGGCAGUACCGUUAUUGUGGCUGCCAUUGUUCUGCUGAGGCUGCACAUCUGUUUGGCGCUGGAUGUUUAUUUUCCCACCACGUCCGUGAAAUUCAAGCUGCCCAUCAACGAGGAGUCGGAGAGCAUAUUCUCGAAGAUACCGCUGGCCCAGUUUCAAGUGUUGCGCAUGGACAACAAUCAGCCGGCCGCGGAGUAUAUCUACAAUCUGGAGGAGAAUCCGCUGCUGCGCCUCAAUGCCAGCUCCGGCGAGGUUUAUAUGCGCACCGAUUACCACACGAUCAACGGAAGCGUUAAAUAUGUGCUGACCGCCUUUCCGCGCCGCCAGGAGGAGACCUCCGCGGAGCAGCAGCAGCUGCUGCAGCAGGUGGCGCAUCUGACACUGGAGUUGCUGCCACAAUCUCUAGCCGAUUACUGCGCCGAGCUGGAGCACAUAUGCUUCUGGACGGGCGCACACUAUACGAUUGCCGAGACCACGUCGCAGAACCGGCGCAGCUUUGAGCCCGUGCUGAUUGGUGCGCUCAAUUCUCGCGCCGCCAAAUAUCUGUGUCCGCAUCGCGCCGUCGAGUAUGCUUUGAAGGCGGGCAGCGCCCACUUCGCCCUCAAGCAGAAUCGUUUGUACACGAAACAGCCGCUGGAUCACGAUGAGCUGAACGGACUGCAGGCACGGGCCGGCCAGCUGCUGGCCACGGUCAGCUGCACGGUGAAGCUAACCGGGCAGGAACAGCGCCAAUUCUGGCGCAGCUACAAUAUCACGCUGCUGGAUCGCAACGACAAUGGGCCGCAUCUGCAGGAGCGCCAGCCGCACUUUAACUUCAACCUGGAGCAGCCCUACUUUAAGGCGGAGGAGCCGGUGGGCGAGAAAAUCAUCUACCUGGACAAGGACACGCUGGCGGCAAAUGCGCAUCUGAACUAUGCCAUACUUAAUGAUAAGCUUGGACUCGUUCAGCCCGAUUGUCACGCCUACGAGGCGGAUCACACUGGCAGGCCGCACACCAUCAUUAGCUGCCAGCUGCGCUUUGCCCGGAACGGAGUGUUGCGCCAGGAGCCGUACUGCUUUGAUUUGCAGGCCCGGGAUCUGACCAUUCAGGCGCUGAAUGUAACGCAGACGGCGACGGCGCACAUCUGCCUGCACGUGGACACGAGCCAGCUACACGAGAGCGACCAGGAGCGACCGCAGGCGCUGCCGUUGCGUGUGCGCCAGCAGCGCAUCUUCGACAGCGCCGGCGAGUUGCUGCACACGGAUGUGGCCGGGCGCCGACGCCUCAGCGUUGACUACGAGAAGGAUGUGUUUGUGCAUCGCGCAGCGGCUGCCUUUUAUCGCGUGGCACAGCCGGAUAACUUUGUGGAGCUGCUGCGAGCGCGCGGCUGGCGCUUUGCCCUCGCCGAGGAUCGCAGCGGCGCCUUCGGUCUGACCGAAACGGCGGGCAUUGUCUAUGUGCGCGACGCCCUGGCGCUGGAGCAUGCCCCGGAGACGGUCUACUUUCUGAACGUGACCUGGAUCGAUGCGGAGAAGCAGCCGCAUGCGUUUGUCAUCAACGUGCACCUGGUGGAGGGCAGGCCGGCGAAUGCCAAUUGUGAGCUGCGGCUGAAGUCGCGCUCGCAGACCUGCGCCCAGGUCAAGUAUCAGACGCAGUGCGGCAAGUUCUGUGGCCUGGCCACCAAUGGCGGCGCAUGCGUCUGGCGCGGCACCAGCUCGGCCAUGUUCGGUCGCAACUAUGGCUCCUGUGUGCCCGACGCACGCUACUGUCCGGAUCAUGUGUGCGAUGCGCUGGAGGAGCUGAAUCCACAUGCCUGUCCGCAGGAUUGCACUCCCGCCGCGCGCAUUGUGGGCCCGCAUACCACCAACGAUAAUGGGCGUGGCAUACUGAGCGGUUCCGGCACGUGCCUCUGCGAGGACAACGGCAAAUGCAGCUGCGCUCCGCUGCCCGACGAGGAGGAGGUGAAAACGCGACGCCAGCGCAAGCGCAAGAAUGAAACGGAACCGGAGUUGGUCAGCGCGACGCCCGUGCAGGUCGACCAGCAGGAUCCGAAUGAGGAUGCACUGGCGCUGGGCGUGCUGCAUUUGGCGGGCAUGGAAUGCAAUCGCUCCUGCCUGCUGGUCGUCAUCAGCUGCCCGCUGCUCUUUGUGCUGCUGCUCCUCUGCCUGCUGCUCUCGCAGCGCAAGCUCUGGCAGCGCAAGCUGGGCAAACAGUCGGCAACGCCGGGCAACAAGCUGGCCCUGCCACCCAACCUGGAGGCGUUGGGCGGCGAUGGUGAUCUGCCGCUGAUGCCGCUACAGGGCGGCUUCAAGUUCGAGAGCGCCGACACCAAAUGGGAAUUUCCGCGCGCCCAACUGCAGCUGGACACGGUGCUGGGCGAGGGUGAGUUCGGUCAGGUGCUGAAGGGCUAUGCCACACAGAUUGCGGGCCUGCCCGGCGUCACCACCGUCGCCGUGAAGAUGCUCAAGAAGGGUGCCAAUUCGGUGGAGUAUAUGGCCCUGCUCUCGGAAUUCCAGCUGCUCCAGGAGGUCUCCCAUCCGAAUGUCAUCAAACUGCUGGGCGCCUGUACGCAAUCCUCGGAGGCACCGCUGCUUAUUAUCGAGUAUGCCCGCUACGGUUCGCUGCGAAGCUAUCUGCGGCUCAGCCGGAAGAUCGAGUGCGCCGGCGUCGAUUUCAGCGACGGCGUCGAGCCGGUCAAUGUCAAGAUGAUGCUAACCUUUGCCUGGCAAAUAUGCAAGGGCAUGAACUAUCUAACGGAGCUGAAGCUGGUGCAUCGCGAUUUGGCUGCACGCAACGUGCUGCUCGCCGAUGGCAAAAUAUGCAAGAUCUCGGAUUUUGGACUGACGCGCGAUGUCUACGAGGAUGAUGCGUAUUUGAAGCGCUCCAGAGAUCGUGUGCCCGUCAAGUGGAUGGCGCCUGAAUCUCUGGCGGAUCAUGUGUACACCAGCAAAUCAGAUGUUUGGGCAUUUGGUGUGCUCUGCUGGGAGCUAAUUACAUUGGGCGCUUCUCCAUAUCCCGGCAUAGCGCCACAGAAUCUCUGGUCCCUGCUCAAGACUGGCUAUCGCAUGGAACGUCCAGAGAACUGCUCCGAGGCUGUUUAUUCCGUGGUGCGCACCUGUUGGGCUGAUGAGCCGAAUGCGCGUCCCUCCUUCAAAUAUCUGGCGGCGGAAUUUGAGAAGCUGCUGGGCAACAAUGCCAAGUACAUUGAGCUGGAGUCGAAUGCCGUAUCCAAUCCGAUCUACUGCAGCGACGAGGCGGCGCUAAUGCCCAGCCAGGAAGUCGUUGAGCAGCUGGGCGAACCGGAGUCACUGCAGCAUCUGUGGUCGCCGCCCAAGAUUAACAGCUACGACCAGGAUCUGGCCAAUAGUCGCGAGGAGUCUAUCACAGAAUUUCCGGCAGCGACGGCAGCAGCUGCCCCACCCGGCUACGAUCUGCCGCGUCCAUUGAUCGAGGCCCGGACCACGGAGCAGGUGCUGCGCUAUGAGAACGAUUUGCGCUUUCCGCUCAACAUACGCAAAUCCAGCUGUGCGCCCAGCUACAGCAACAUGGGCAAUGGCUGUGCCACAGCCCUGCCCGAGUAUGCGGUGCCCGUGAAACGUGGUCGCUCCUACAUGGACAUGACCAACAAUACGCUAAUACCCGAUAAUCUCGAUAAUCGCGAUUUUGAGAAGCAUCUCUCCAAGACCAUCUCAUUUCGUUUCUCUAGCUUGCUUAAUCUCAAGGAGCCCGAAACGCCCCAACCACACGCCGAGGAUGCCGUCUAAAAUUAAUCCUCCAUUCCUCCAUUCACUUGAGUCACUUUUUUCUCAAAAAUUCAUACACCAUAUUUUCUAAUAGCGCCUGGUUUUUUAGUUCAAAUUGUUUGUUAAUUAGUUUUAAUCUUAUUCCUAUCAUAUUUAGCUUUAUAAUAUUGCCAAAAUUAACUCGAAUACUCUGUUGCAUUUACAGUGUGAAGCUUAUGAGAUUCUAUAAUCGAAGCUAGCCAAAAGCUAUAAUUAAUC